CGGUUUACACCGUUGAUGACAUUGCUAUUAUAGUGAAAACAUGGCCGGAGCGAUGGUGUGUGAAAUUGUUAGAAGUGAAGAAGAACUUCCUCAUUUAAAUAAAAUUAUACUAGACGACGAUGAAACUGAUGAAGAACGUAUUAAAUUAAAGGAGCAAGGGAUCCUGCAAUUGGGUGAAUUGUACAAGAAACAAGGUAAAGCUAAAGAACUCGCUGAUCUAAUAAAGACAACAAGACCCUUCCUGAGCUUGAUUAGUAAGGCCAAAGCAGCAAAAUUGGUAAGAUCUUUAGUGGAUUUCUUCUUGGAUCUUGAAGCUGGAAUUGGAAUCGAAGUAAAAUUGUGUAAAGAAUGUAUAGAAUGGGCAAAAGAAGAAAGGAGAACAUUCUUGCGUCAAUCGUUAGAAGCCCGACUAAUAGCAUUGUAUUUCGAGACUGGUAUGUACUCAGAAGCUUUAAAUUUAGGAUCAACACUUUUAAAAGAAUUAAAGAAAUUGGAUGAUAAAAAUUUAUUAGUUGAAGUUCAACUAUUAGAAAGUAAAACUUAUCAUGCUUUGAGUAAUCUUCCAAAAGCUCGUGCCGCUUUAACAUCGGCACGAACAACAGCAAAUGCAAUUUAUUGUCCACCAAAAAUGCAAGCUGCAUUAGAUUUACAAUCUGGAAUAUUACAUGCAGCAGAUGAAAAAGAUUUUAAAACUGCUUAUUCAUACUUCUAUGAAGCUUUUGAAGGAUAUGAUAGUGUUGAAAGUCCAAAAGCAUUACAAGCCUUAAAAUAUAUGUUAUUAUCAAAAAUAAUGUUGAAUAAUCCAGAAGAUGUGCAACAGAUUAUCAGUGGCAAGUUAGCUAUUAAAUAUGCUGGAAAGGAUAUAGAAGCAAUGAAAAGUGUUGCUACAGCUUCUCAUAAACGCUCAUUGGCAGAUUUUCAAGAUGCUUUAGUCAAAUACAAACAAGAAUUAGAAGGUGAUGUGAUUGUUCGAGCUCAUCUAGGUACAUUGUACGAUAACAUGUUGGAACAAAAUCUUUGCCGUAUUAUUGAACCAUAUUCUCGCGUACAAGUUGAUUAUGUAGCUGAAUCAAUUAAGCUGCCAAUGCAAAAAGUUGAAAAGAAGCUUUCACAAAUGAUACUCGACAAGAAGUUCCAUGGUAUUUUAGAUCAAGGUGAAGGUGUAUUGGUUGUAUUCGAUGAGACUCCCGUUGACAAGACAUACGAAAUGGCAUUGGAAACAAUUCAAAGUAUGAGUAAAGUUGUUGAUACGUUAUAUCAGAAAGCGAAAAAACUCUCGUAAACAAAUUUAGUUUAAAAAAACAUAGUGCGGCUUUCAAUUGUUGGACUCUGAUGAUUUUUGCAUUCUUUUUAAAACUAAAUAUAAUGAAAUGAAAUGUGUCUCUUUUUGUUUAAUGUAAAUACCAUAAUUUCAUGAAUUUAACCUGAUUUUGGGAAUGCUAAUUAAAACUAACAAGAGAAAUUUCAUCUAUGAAAA